GAUCGCAUACACUGUCCCUGCCUUUCCUACGUUUUCCGACAACGCAAUUGCUCACCAAAUCGCUAGCAAUACUGCCUCGUAUCGGAUCGUCGUGAAGUAACCAUAACCUGCUCGCAGGUAUUCGGCCCAAUUAUCUCAACGGGGUCACAAUGGAGACCGUACGCGCCUUCGUAGAGGCAAUGGAAGGCACAAACAUAGAUCGGAAACUGCAAACUUUAGAGGAGCUUCUCCAAGAGUUUUCGACCAUCAGUGUUGCAUCCAUAGAGCCCGACUUGUAUGAGAAUUUCCUGGAUGCGGUUGUGCGUUGCAUAAAGUCCCCCCAGCUGAAAUUGUGUCAACAAGCUCUCAGCUUCCUGCCCGUCCUGUCGGUGUCGACAGAUGCUCGUUCUCAUAAUUCCGCUUCACAUUUGAGAACUAUAGUUGUCUUUGCAGCCCCGGUCGUUGUCGAAAGGCUUGCAGAUGGCAAAGAGAAAAUAAGAGAACUUGCGCAAGCAGCGAUUAUUGAACUCUAUCGGAUUGUUUGCCGUAGUGUCGCUCAUAGCGCGAGCAAAGAUUCCAAUAAAGAAGGCGGACCGUACGCACAGAUGCUGAUAUUUUUAGACCGAGAAAUGAAGACAAAUGGAUUUGGCCACAAAACUCCACGCGGACGAGAACAGGCGGUCAUAUGGUUGGUCCAGUGCGUUCGAGCGGUGCCAGAAUUUCCCGUAAAGCAGUAUAUUCCUCUGCUUGUGAGACUACUGGAGGAUUCGAAUGAAAGUGUCAGAAACACAAGCAAGGAGGCCGUAAUCGCCGUGUAUAAUAACACGACCAUAAAAGCCAUGCGAACCGACAUAAAAAAAGAGCUCGUCAAAAAUAAAAUACGUCAAUCGAUUGUGGAUCAUAUCUUAGCCAACUUUAUCGACGGACAGGCCGAGAGUCCCGCAGACACCGUCCCUGAUCGGUCAGAGUCGACUUUGUCCGGAACCACCUCUGCCGCACUAGGAAACGGGGCUCCAAGACGGGAAACAGGAGCGGUGUCCCCACCAAAUAAUCUCGCGGGGGGAACAUCCGCACCUGAUCCCGAUCCGAUAAAUAUCGGGUCCAGCAAAGAACUGGAGAUGGAGAUAUCUGCAAUCUGUGUUCUUUUCGAGGGCAAGGAGACUGAGGAAAACUGGAAAGCUCGGGAGGAUGCAUUGCAGCGCUUGCGCGGCAUUUGCCGCGGCACCGCGCGUCACAUUGAUGGCUUCAUCAAUUACAUACGACCAGCCACGGAACCAAUCACACGAACGAUGCACAGUUUGCGUACUGCUUUAGUGAUGACGACUUGCACCACCGUAGUCGAUAUGGUAAACAUCCUGGGCUGCCAGCUAGAUCCAUUGGUUGACGCGUUCAUAGUCAACUUGCUCAAGUUGAGCGGGCAAGCGAAGAAGGUCGUUGCAACCGCAAGUAUAAGCGCUAUCCAGAUCCUUCUCCAACGAACUUCGUAUCAGCUUAAAUUUGUCCAAUAUUUCCAAAUGGCGCUUAGUGAUAAGAGUGCAGGUACCCGGAGUGCCGCUGCCCUCUUUAUUAAAACUGUUGUAGAAGUGAUGGGAUCUUCUGACACCGGCCGGUCGACAUUGGAGACAAGCGGUGGACUCGACAUUGUAGAGAAAGGCUUGAAAAAGGGCUUGGCGGAUGCAAAUGGGCCCGUGCGCCAAACUUGCCGUGAGACGUUUAGCAAUUUUCAGAGCGCCUGGCCAGAGCGAGCGGAAAUUUUGUUCGAUACACUCGAUGCCGCCACCCGCAAAGCUAUCUCUCGGGCGAAGUUGUCCUCUGCCCCUGCCAAGAUCCGCCCAUCGAUACGGGCUGUUGCCGCAACUCGAUCGGCAUUUUCAAACCCAGCCAAUGACUCACCCGCACUUUCGGAAGGAACCGUAGAAGGGAUCAACUUCGCUAUUGAACCACAGGAGUCUGAUCCAUUACCAAAUGGCCUCAGUUUGGAGGAUGGGAUUCAUUCUGUCGGGGAACUGCGCGCCGCCACGCCCAAAACUGAAGAUCCACAAGACAACAGAGGUAUUAUUCUGCAGCAACUAAUGCAUGAGAAUGUGGAUGAGCAAGUUCGGGGCUAUUGUGCAUUAGCAACGCUAGCUCGUCAACAUAGCGAACGCGGCAUCUCUCUCGAGAUGGAGCCCGAGUUCAAUCUGGCCAUACGCUCAGCGAUUGGACAUCUUUUGGAGAAGGGCUCUGAGGACAUAUCGAGUACGCUGCUGGAUGCGGAGUAUUUGGCCCCUUUGAUAGACAGUAGAAUCAUUGCGAUCUCUGAACUGCUCAUUCCGAUUCUGGCCUCUGCUGGCAGUGGAAAUCCAGGGCGCCAGAGUGCGGGCCGGGGAGCCCUUGAAUUUGUCAAGGGCAGGUUGGGUUUUGUGGCCCUCUUGGAUAUGGUUGUACGGUUCUUGACGAAACCUUCAGAAGCAGAUCCAUGUCCAGGUGGAGCACAAACGCAGCGUUUAGCCCGAUGGGGUGCUGCAGAAUGGAUAGAAAGCACCAAUAUCGGUACAGAACCGAUUCAUGGAGAAGUUGCUGCCUACUUUGCGGAUCCUAGCAACUGUCAAUUACUCUUUCAUGGUCUUGUCAAUCAAAUCUCGCACCCGGGAGGCGACGAUCGGCGGCUGCUACGGCUGCUACGUCUCGUUCAACAAUCACGACCGGACCAGUUCGCCCACCUGUUAAGCACCUGCGAUGACGAAAUUACGGAACGUAUACAGGAAGAGCUAGGUGUGAAGCGUACGUUGUUAACUUCAAAAGACAGAAUCAGUAGAGGGCCGCCAGCUCUGCUCGGAGUCCAUGAUCAGUUUGGAGACGGUGAACCCAGUGAAGGCAUAACAGUGGAGGACUUGAGCCGAAUUGAAGCAGGCGAAGGCGCAACAUUACUGGACAUGACGGACAUGACAUUUGACACGUCAUUGAUGCUGCAAGGCCAUGUCCGCAACUUAAUGGAUGAGACAAUGCCAUAUGGCAUGGCAGACAUGAGCAGUGCUCAAGCCAGCUUUGCGGUACAUCGAGCAGGUGAGACAGCCCUGGUCUGGGCAGUCCAGCAGUCACAGCAAGGAGGUGGAUCAGAGGCAUGCGAGCAGAUGGACAUAGCGGUGCCACAGUCUGCAGACAGUAGUCCCAGGGAAUCUGCUAAGCGAAAGGGAUCCGAGGGGCCCUCGGCAGGACUGGUAGGGAUCAAGCGGGAGCGACGGUCUUCUACCGAGACAACGCCUUUAAAACCCGGCGCAACACAUAUGGGUACCAAGUUUGAUGUAUUUUCGGCGGGUACGCCAACGCCAAUGCAACUCUCCAAGAUAGAUAGGGCACGAGAGAUUCCAACUUUACUCGACGCAAUCUCCAAAGGCACUGCAGAGGACACCGUCUGGCGCCGGCUUUACCGGAUAUGUGACGGCUCUGCAGCACCGGGUGAUGAUUUUGACGAAGAGGAAUAUUGGAACCAAUGGUUCGCAGAAACAUUGGCUGUACUGCUCAGCUUUUUGCGACGAGGGGGCCAGAACAAAAUGGAACAAGAAACAUGCCUAUUGCUGUUGACGAGGAUGAUAGAGAGACUCAGCCAGUAUUUUAUUGGUCAUGAAGCCGAGCUUCUAAUGGUAUUACUCCAAGCCAGGAGCGAUGGAACAGAGCUGGUUUCUGGAAGCGCGACAAAUGCAUUGUCAAUCAUGGCAGAAAAACUGGAUGGAAGAGCGUGUCUCGACGCAUUGCUGAAAAUGCUCUAUGAAUGGGAUAUGGCACGUGAACGUCAGCGAAAGAUGCUCUCCGUGAGCUCGCGUCUAUACUCGGGGCGCUCAAAGACGCUGACUGUCGAAUCACUGCCCUCUUACGAGCCUACCCCGGCUGAGUCGGGUUUAGAGAUUUUAGGCACGUUUCUAUCAAAAGUCGAUGGCGCAGAUGUGGAGGAAGACGCUCUCUGGCGCAUUGGAGAUAUUGGUGCCAUGUACAUGAGUUGCCAGGUCACCGAAACCCGGAGGUUGGCCACUUUAUGUCUGGUCGACGUCUAUUCGAUAGUAGGGGACCGUGUGUGGCAAUAUCUGGGCAAAUUGUCAAAACAACAGCGAAAACUGUUACAAGUCAUUAUUGACCGACAACUGCACCGCAAACCCAGUAUUUCAUAAUUAUAGAAAAAGUAUGUAGGGUGUACGUAAGGUGAUGGGACGAGAUUAACCCUUGUUUAUUGUCCUGCAAGAGGGCAUUUGUACAUAAUAUCUGCAUUAUUUUGAUCUGU